CGGGACACAUCGAUGCAGAGCAAGACAAACCACUGUCUCUCUCCACAUUCUGCGGCUUUUUCGGAUCAGUCUCGAUCGGAAGGGAAAGACACACACACAACACACACACACACAGAGAGAGAGAGACUUUUUUUUUAUUUAAACAGGAGGUGGAGUUCGCUUUGUGCUUCAACUCUGCUGCAAUGUUUACGCACAGCUGAAACCUAAACAUCUGCCGUCUGUGAUACAUGAAGGCAAACAGCAGCAGCAGCAGCCAUGGAGUUCAACAAUUUGGUGACCUUGUGGAUAUUUUGCUUGUGUCUCGUUGGGGAAAGUUGGACCGACAAACCAAGUUCACCGACACAGGACAGCCAGACGGUUGAAAAGGGGUUUUAGAUUUUUGUCUCAUCGACGAGCCACUGUGCAGAGACGAGAACGCCCUUCUCAGCUUCGAAGCCAUUCGCAAUAUCCACAAGCAGAUGGAUGAUGACGCAAACGGCAAUGUAGACGUGUCAGAGACAGACGGCUUCCUGAGAGAGGAUUUAAACUACCAUGACCCCAAGGCCAAGCAUAACAGCUUCCAUGGGGACGACCAGUUCAUCAGUGUGGAGGACUUGUGGAAUGCAUGGAAGGGCUCUGAAGUGUAUAAUUGGACAGUGGAUGAGGUGGUGGAAUGGCUCAUCACAUACGUGGAACUUCCACAAUAUGUGGAAGCAUUUCGCAAGAUGAAUUUUAACGGCAGUGCCAUGUCAAGGCUCGCCAUAAAGAACGCCACCCUGACUCUCUCAAUCCUGAAGAUCCUGGAUCGCAGCCAUGUGCAAAAGUUGCAGCUCAAAGCUUUGGACACUGUUUUAUUUGGAGCACCUCUGAUCAAUCGACACAACCACUUGAAGGACUUCAUGCUGGUUGUGUCAAUAGUCAUAGGCAUGGGGGGCUGCUGGUUUGCCUACAUCCAAAACCGCUACUCUAAGGAUCACAUGAAAAAGAUGAUGGGGGACCUGGAGGGCCUGCAGAGAGCUGAGCAGAGUCUACAUGAUCUACAACAAAAGCUGCAGAUCGCUCAGGAGGAGCACCGUACAGUAGAAGUGGAGAAGGUCAACCUUGAGCAGAAGCUGAGGGAUGAGAUCAACGCAGCCAAGCAGGAGGCCCAACGCCUGCGAGAGCUGCGAGAGGGCACAGAAAAUGAACUGAGUCGCCAAAAGUAUGCUGAAGAAGAGCUGGAUCAGGUGCGCAUGGCGUUGAAGAAAGCAGAAAAGGAGUUGGAGUCCCGCAGCAGCUGGUCACCACCAGAGUCUCUCCAGAAGUGGCUGCAGCUCACCCACGAGGUGGAGGUGCAGUACUACAACAUCAAGAAGCAAAAUGCUGAACGGCAGCUCCUGGUGGCCAAAGAAGGGGCUGAAAAGAUAAAGAAAAAGAGAAACACUCUCUUUGGGACCUUCCAUGUGGCUCACAGCUCCUCCCUGGAUGAUGUGGACCACAAAAUACUGGCAGCAAAACAAGCCCUGGGCGAGGUGACGGCUGCUCUGCGGGAGAGGCUUCAUCGCUGGCAGCAGAUAGAGAUCCUCACCGGUUUCACCAUCGUUAACAACCCUGGCCUUCCUUCUCUGGCCUCGAGCCUCAACCUCGAUGCCAGCUUCAUGGGCGGCAGAGCCACACCUCAGCACUUCAUCAUGUCGGACGACAUGGACGACUUGGACGAGGAUAUCAUGCCUGGAACUCUGCAAUCUCCCAGUAUGAUGUCCCUGCGUCAACGCCACAUUGACCCUCAGCUGGCCAUGGGCUCCCAGAGGGACCUGAAUCGCUCUGACUCCGACUCCUCCCUGUCCCUGUCCCAAGUUGGUGAUCGGCUAUCUGCCUACAGCUCCAAAGGCCACCUGAUCAAACCCACCACUCUCAUGCAUGGCCUGUCCAGCCGUGCAGAAGAUACCAUCUCUCUCCACGCUCACACCCCUAACGGAGGAAACCGAAUUCCCGAGGCCAGUCCAGCAGAGCCGAGUCCCGACAGCCCAAUACUCAUGAAGGAAGUGUACGGCAUGAAGGAGUCACCCAGCCUGGGGGAAAUCAACAGCCUGACAGAGUCGUCCCGCUCCCUCAGCCCCAACUCUACUGAACCUGACACGCCGUCGCCCACAGGAGGAGGACAACCAGGGGUCGUAGGGGCAAAGGGUGGCAGUCGCAUCCCGCAGCUGUCCUCCAAGAAAAGUCCCCUGGAGGAGGACAGUGGCUCUACAGGAGAAGACACAGAUUCCACUGCCAGCCGCAAGAAACACACCUUCAAGAUCUUCAAGAAGCAGAGGAAAUAAGGGCUACAUGGACUACAGGCUUUAAAGCUGUUGGACUGAAUUCCUCCGAUUGUUUUUUGAAAACAAGUUUGUGGUCAAAUGACGGCGCACUUUGUUGCCGUUGCAUCUUUUUCUGUAGGUACAAAACCUACUAUGAGGAUGGAGACUGUGGGGGAAACACCAGUUGUUCAGUUUUAUCUGCUUAUUUGGUCAUCGUUGAAUAUAUGGGGAAUAGGUAGGUUUGUAUAUUGGAAUGUAAAGUAUUAUUUAUUCUGCAGGAAGUUAGUGCCAGUCUCAAAGGGAAAUGUGUCUCCCAGUUGGUUUUCCUUUCUUGUUCUAUGAUCUAUAACAUUUUGCAUGUCUUCACUUUUGUUUGACUGUUACUCGAAUGCUCUUGGUGUUGGCUUGGUUCUUGUCGCUAGCCUGCUUAGACAACACUUAAUGUUUUGUUAAUUACUACCUAACCACCUCGCUUACAAAAACCCAAAGUGAAUGCGCGCACCUUUUAUUUUCAUUGAGUAAUUUGUUUUUAUUGAUGGUGAUACGUUUUUUCUGUCUUGUGUUGUCUUUGUCUUCUUGGCAGAGCUGAUGACACAUCAAGUAAAUCCUCCAACAGAAGAGUUGUAGUAGAAAGCUUUUCUUUAAAUUCUACUUGGAGUUUCAAAAGUGUUGAACAGAGCACGGCAAAAACAGCUACUUGCAAUAUCUAUAUUCUUCAGACAACGGGGAUUAAACAGGCUUAAUAAUAGCGUACAACCUUUUGAACUUGAAUGACAUCGAGCUUUUAAUCGAGUUGGACAAGAGGUAAAUCUCCUCCGAGUUAAUUAAGGACCUAGAAGAUCGCAGCUUUAGACCUUAUGCUUUAGUUUCAAGAGUUUAAGUUGAGUGCAUGUGGGCAUGAGAGAGUGAGAGAAAUAUGCUGUUAUGUAGCUUUUUAAUAAAAUGUCAAAAAGUUUAACCUUAUUUUGACGCAGCUCCACUAAAGCAGGAUGUGAACAGAUAUCAGGGUGAAAUUGUCCAUGUGUUAUACAAGAACCCUUUUGAUAUAAGGCAGCAAUGAUACCAAACAUAUACAUACCAAAUUUAAAUACCAGAGACUGCAAGACAAAUACACUUAACGUUGUUUUAGUAACUUUAAAAUUUAGAUGAUAGAACAUUAGAACGGUGUAUACCAUAAAGAGCUUUCUAUGAAUCAAAGAGCUAAACAGAAAACAUCUGGAGUGCAUUUUUAUUCACAACUAUCAAAGAAAAACCAAAUAUGUUUGGAUAUGACAAAUUCUACUCUAAAUUAAUAUGAAGUCGUCUAAAAGACCUUUCACUUAAAUGUUUCUUUAUUGAAUUGGGUGCAGAAUUAGCGUCGACUCUGGCUGCUGCUGUUGUAUGUCUUACUGUAUUGUUUCUGAUUCUGUGAUUGUUCAGGAAGGAAAUAAGGAACUCCUCGGCAGUGAGUAAGCAUGGACUGAGUGCUGGUAAGGGCUAUAGUUACAGGGCAACAAGUCUUGCUCUGUGUUAGAUAAAAGUUUCUUUAUGUAAUCCAUCUUUUAUGGAAGAUUCAGUUCGACAAGUUGUGGAAGCAGAAGUCACAGUGCCUCUGUAUUUGUAGUGUGUCCGGUCCUUUGAGCCCCUUACACACAGAACACAAACAACCAUGAUAUACAGUCUGUAAUGUAUAUUCUGGGUUUGAACACUGAAUGUCCAAGGGUAUUGUUGCUGUAACCGUACAAUCAGCACAGUAUGUUUACAUUUGUUACAGAUAAUUACUAUCCUCCGAUUACAUUGUGCCAGUUUUAAUAUUGACCGCUUCGUACGAGCACAGAACUAUGCAUCAGUAGUUGUAGGUGAUUUUUAAAGUAGAAGAGACGUCAGGACAUGUAGGGCGUUCCUGACCGAUGAACAACCAAAAGUGCUGCAAAAGACACAGAGGGCAUCUCCCCCAGCCUCAUAAUGUAACAGGUGGUUUGGAUUAAGAUGUGUUUCAAUACUUUAUUUUAGCAACCAGUUAAAAAAUAUAUAUAUAUCAAUUUCCUACUGGUCCUUUUUUAUGGUGUCAUUUGUACCUCUUUUGCACGACAGAGCUGUAUAUGAAUUGCACCGUCUGAAUGUGCGCUUGUGUGCGUCUGUCUGCUCCCAGGAAAAUGCACUGUCAUGUUGAUGCAUGUCAACUGCUGUAACGAAACCUAUAUUGGGUUAAAAGAGAGGAUCAGCUUAAACUCUUUACUUCCCCCCAUCUCCCUUUUUUGCUUUUGGCUUCUAUUUAUGAAAACCUGCAGUAUAUUUGUACAGAGAAAAUGAUCAUUUUUGCAUCUUACGUGAUGAUCUCGACUUUUAUGGCACUCCUGCAUGAUAGCAAUAAACUAUUUUGAAUGAAA